AUGCAGCACAUAAUAUCAGCAAUCCUUUGCGCCUCGUUUAUUCAAGCAAAACCUCAGAACCAAGCUCACUACCUUAGCACUUAUAGCAAUUAUAUGAAGCCUUUGACGUACUUCGCGCCCUCGCCGCUUUAUUCUCCAAACGUACCAAGUCCUUACCCCGAAUCAAUUGCAAGCUAUUACGACGGUAACAGACGGACACCGGACUAUUCCAAAUUUAGUUCCGGGCCAUAUGUGCUAUACCCAAGGGCCAAUUUCCGCGAGCCCAAACUUUCAAAACCAGAAGCAGAACCCUUCUCGCUUGAUUUAGACGAUGUUACAAAUACUCAACCUGAGGAUGCUUCCUCUGAACUAGAUUUCGCAAUAGAGAAUAAGGCUGAGGUGAAGGAAGAAGACUCCGACGUUUCCGACUCGACAUAUUACGAGGAUCUUGAAUUAACAGAGAACUUUGCCAAUUAUUUGAGGAGAAGAACUCAUGUGGAAUCAAGAUCAUCCGUGAAUGACGCUGCACACCAGUACAACGCGCUUUUAGCAGUUCUGUUGGCUCUGGCUAAAGCCAUCAGAAACGCAUGCUCUAACGUCGACGAAGUAUACGACCAAAUAUACGCAACCACCGUCGAAACUUACUUCAAAUAUGGAAUUCACAAUGCGGAAAAAGUUGCCGCAUUGAUGGAAGAGUAUAUCCAGAGAGGAAGCUCGCGCAUAUCUAAGAUAAAAAAACUGAGAGCAGACCUUUGCGACAAAGAACUGUACUGCCCGCCAGUCAUCGAAAGCAGAAUCAAAAACGCUCCUUUAAUUUAUGUCAAGGAAUUGGAAAUACUGGAAGCCAUAGCACAUUUAGCAAGAACUUACUACUCUUACUUGGUGGAAUUCAACGAUGCAGCUCAGAAGGGCACCGUUCUAGCUUACCUUCAGACUAAUAAGGACAGAGUCAAGGUCUAUGUAAUGAGUGUGGUCAAUGCCGUCAAUCAUUUAACUGACAAGCCUGUGAAAUGCGAUGGAGCAUGAGAACAGAUAACAGAUGUUAUCA